AGAGAAAAUGAUCUGGAUGAAGAAAUUGUUGGAAGCAGUGCCAGUGAGGUCCUUUGUCCAAUACCAGGGAUCAUCAUGCUGGCUGGGAUAUGACAAACGUAGUAUUCUAGGCACUGUUUAUAUUAUCAGUUGCAUGAACAAUAAUUUAUGGAGUGAACUGGAUUAAGUGAACUCUGGUGAUGAAGCCAUGUUUGAUCAAAUAGUUGGUCACAUUGAAGAUAUUAUAAUGGAACCUGAGUUUCAAGAACUUCAGAAGGAUUUUUUUGACAAGUAUUGUACAGUAUUUGAAGAUAAAGAAGAAAACAAACUUGAAUAUACCACUAUUUUCAAUCACUAUACAGAACUCAUUGAAAGCUAUAUUGAACAAAGGUUAAUUGAAAGACUACCACAAUUUUCCAUGGUGUCUUUCUUGGAAGAGAUGAAGGCUCGUUCAUCUGAACUUGAUGGGGAGAUAUUUGAAAUGCUUUUAAGCUUCACAGACUUUCUAACUUUCAAGGAAAUCCUGCUAGAUCAUAAAGCAGUUAAAGAAGGACACUCCGUUGACUUUAGUUCUGACAUCAUUAUUACUUCUUUGGAAAACACACUCAGUAACAGAAGUAAGCUGUCUUAAAUCUGCUCACUUUAAUUCUGCUACCUCUAAAUCAUCACUAAUGCAUUCAUAUUUUGUGUGCUGUAAAGCAUAGUUUGUUCUCUGACAGAAGUUUAUUGAAUACUAAGAGGAUUGUUUGUGAGAAAUAUUGAGAGGAAAUUUGAAAAGUGAUAGUGUUGUGUCUUAGUAUAAAAUGUUAAUCCUCUUUUGCAUUAAGUAUCUUAUAUUCAGAACUGAAUUUUUUGGGGGAAUUUUAUUUUAUCUUUACAACUAGGUUUUUUUUAGGAACUUCUUAUAUAAAUGUUUGUAAUGCAUACAUACAAUUAAAAAUUCUUUGUGUAUGAUAUGUAGUACAGUUGUUUUCUGUUCUUUAUAUAAUUAUGUACUUAUUUACUUAAAACCUGUUCUGCUAUUGAGAAACUCAUAAUGGUCAACUUAAUGGUUGCAAAAAUAAAACAAAGUGCAAAAUAUGAUUUUUUCUUAUGUUUAGAUUAAUGUUUCUAUGGUUUUAAGGAAUUUGUUUUUCUUAUGGUCUUUCACAAAUAUUUUACCAGUUGACAGAUAUUUACAGUAUACUGUUAUUGUUUAAAGAGAAAUGAUUCUUUUGUGCAUCUUAAUAUACUAAUUACACUAAACUUUAAUUGUUUAUGUUUACGUAUAUUAGUUUUAUUUCAACUUAAAAAUAGAAUUAAUGUUCUAUGCUAGUCUUGCCAACAGCAGCUUAAAAAAAAGGCCAUUAAGCACUUUUUUUUUUAGAAUGGAUCAGCACUUAUUGAGUGAAAACUUGUUCCUUGCAUUUUUGUUUCUUUUGUAAGUUUAUAUUAAUAUAAAUAACAUGUAAAACCUAAGCAUGUCAGAAGAAUUCAGUUUUAUGUUUUAUUUAUGUUAGGGUUUGCUAUUGAGCUAAGGUGAUAGUUACAUUAAGUUUACUUACUAAUGUAUUGACGACAAUAAGCCAAUGUGCAGUUCAACCCUCUUAGGAUUACAAUAAAAAUAAUUAUUUUUAGUCAAUAAAUCCAUAAAGAAUAAGUUUAAAAGUCGUAUUUAACUUCAGUUUAGACUAUUCUACAGGUAGGACAAAAACUUGUAAGUUUAUGAAAAAAUGGGGUAUAUUUGAUUUUGUAAAAAAUUAUAGUUUAUAGAUGCACAGCUAGUCGAAAAAUUGUUACAGCUUUUGUAUUAUUGUUAACUUUUAUUCAUAAAAUUUCAUCUUAAAUAAGAAAAUGGUGUAUCUAAAAGUGUUUUAACUUUUGACUUUGCAUAUUCAUGUCAAGAAAAUAUUUUAUUCAUGUAUUGCUUAAAGGAAAAAUGUUUCAGUACUCUUUAUACACAUUUAUAAAA